CACAACUCAACUGAUUCACUCUUUUGAUAAUCUCUAUCUACCAACUUUGUAAUUGAAUAUCAACAAUAUCGAUAAUAUUUGAUACGUCCUCAACAAGGUCAGAAACUGGUUUGAAAGUAUCUGGUUUGUUUUUUUCAGGCAAUGCAAUUUGUUCCUUCUAAGAAAUGUCCUCAAGGUCUAUUCGUGAUGGCUAAUCAAUAGUUUGAAGGCACACCAAGUAAUACUUAACUCAGUUUUCAGUCACUUCGGAUGUGAAAACUUAAGCACCCAAUCUCUCGAUUUUGGGGAAAUGGCGAGACUAAUUUAUGGACGACCUUUGAACGAAUUUUAAGUGACUUUGGGAAUGUUAGCCAAUCAGCAAACAGAAAUAAAAUGGAUGCACUUCCUAUACGUGGUUCAAAAACUUGGCAAGCUUAAUUACUAUGGAUCAUUUGGAAACCACCUAUAAAUGUUUGAUACCGUCGUUCAUACCAGCCAUAACUCAUCCACUAACUUAUGCCAGGACAAUGAUGUUGUUGGGGUAUGAACCGUUCCCUCCUGUUCGUCGAUUUACUUUACGUAACAUCCUACAUUCGAACUAUGAAACAUAUUACUACCCAAGUGUUUUCACUUACUGUCAUAAACUUCGCCAAGAGGUUGGGUUGUAUGGAAUUUUCACCAUUGGACUUCCUGCUAAUAUUAUUGGGUCAUUUGUUAAGUCCUACUCUACCAACAUCACUAUUGAGUAUUUAACUCCGGACUUUUUUGAAAAGAAAACAUUUUUCGAAACUGAUAGAGGAUUCAGAAUUUUUUUGAUCAGUACCAGUAAAUGUACUGUUGCUCGAGUAGUGGGUGUAGUUGUUAGUUAUCCAUUCCAAGUCAUAAUGAUUCGCCAAAUGUCGCAAUUUAUCAAUGGGACACGAUUAUACGAUUAUAUGUUCAAUGCUUUUCCUACUAUACUGAGAAAUGAAGGCUUUUUAAGUUUAUUCAGUGGUUUGACACCUAGAAUAAUUGGAGAAGUUAUUACAGUUUGGUUGACUGCUUGUCUUGCCUAUUUUUUCAAUAAAUAUAUUUUCAUGGACCGUAUCGACCCUCCUUUGAAAAAACACACUCCCUUUGUAACUGAGAUGAUGGUAAGUGGCGCCACUCAUGGAUUCACAGUCACCUCCACAGUUAUGGCUGCUUGUGACUCGACUAUUAACGUCGUACCUGUAUUCAACAAUUGGUGGCAAUGUUAUUCCUAUCUCAGCCAAUCUGAUGCUUUUGUUAGAGGAUCAUCUUUAUUCUUCCGACGUGCUCCAUCAUCCGUGUCUAAAUUACAUGGCUAUAGUCAAUGA